AUGGGGCUCCCGGCGCUCGAGUUCAGCGACUGCUGCCUCGACAGCCCUCACUUCCGAGAGACGCUCAAGUCACACGAAGCGGAGCUGGACAAGACCAACAAAUUCAUCAAGGAGCUCAUCAAGGACGGGAAGUCGCUCAUCAGCGCGCUCAAGAAUCUGUCUUCGGCAAAGCGGAAGUUUGCAGAUUCCUUAAAUGAAUUUAAAUUUCAGUGUAUAGGAGAUGCGGAAACAGAUGAUGAGAUGUGUAUAGCGAGAUCUUUGCAAGAAUUUGCCGCUGUUCUCCGGAAUCUUGAAGACGAGCGGAGUCGAAUGAUCGAGAAUGCCAGCGAGGUGCUCAUCACACCCUUGGAGAAGUUUCGAAAGGAGCAGAUCGGGGCCGCCAGGGAAGCCAAAAAGAAGUAUGACAAAGAGACAGAGAAGUAUUGCGGCACCUUAGAAAAACAUUUGAAUUUGUCUUCCAAAAAGAAGGAAUCCCAGCUACAGGAGGCAGACAGCCAAGUGGACCUGGUUCGGCAACAUUUCUACGAAGUAUCCCUGGAGUAUGUCUUUAAGGUGCAGGAAGUGCAAGAGAGAAAGAUGUUUGAGUUUGUAGAGCCUCUGCUGGCCUUCCUGCAAGGACUCUUCACUUUCUAUCACCAUGGUUAUGAGCUGGCCAAGGAUUUUGGUGACUUUAAGACACAGUUGACCAUCAGCAUACAAAAUACAAGAAACCGCUUUGAAGGAACCAGGUCUGAAGUGGAAUCGCUGAUGAAGAAGAUGAAGGAAAAUCCCCUGGAGCACAAGACCAUCAGCCCGUACACCAUGGAAGGGUACCUGUAUGUGCAGGAGAAGCGUCACUUUGGAACUUCCUGGGUGAAGCACUACUGUACGUACCAACGGGAUUCCAAACAAAUCACCAUGGUUCCAUUCGACCAAAAGUCAGGAGGAAAGGGGGGAGAAGACGAGUCCGUUACCCUCAAAUCCUGCACACGGCGAAAGACAGACUCCAUCGAGAAGAGAUUCUGCUUUGAUGUGGAAGCAGUAGACAGGCCAGGGGUUAUCACCAUGCAGGCGUUGUCAGAAGAGGACCGUAGGCUCUGGAUGGAAGCCAUGGAUGGCCGGGAACCUGUGUACAACUCCAACAGAGACAGCCAGAGCGAAGGGACCGCACAAUUGGACAGUAUCGGCUUCAGCAUAAUAAGGAAAUGCAUCCAUGCGGUGGAGACCAGAGGGAUCAAUGAGCAGGGGCUCUACCGAAUCGUGGGGGUCAACUCCAGGGUGCAGAAGUUGCUGAGCGUCCUGAUGGACCCCAAAGCAGCUUCUGAGACAGAAACUGAUAUCUGUGCCGAAUGGGAGAUAAAGACUGUCACCAGUGCUCUGAAGACCUACCUGAGAAUGCUCCCAGGACCCCUCAUGAUGUACCAGUUUCAAAGAAGUUUCAUCAAAGCAGCAAAGCUGGAAAACCAAGAGACUCGAGUGUCUGAGAUCCAUAGUCUUGUCCAUCGGCUCCCGGAGAAGAAUCGGCAGAUGUUGCAGCUGCUCAUGAACCACCUGGCCAAUGUUGCUAACAACCACAAGCAGAAUCUGAUGACUGUGGCAAACCUGGGCGUGGUGUUUGGACCCACCUUGCUGCGGCCGCAGGAAGAAACUGUGGCGGCCAUCAUGGACAUCAAGUUUCAGAACAUUGUCAUCGAGAUCUUAAUCGAGAACCAUGAGAAGAUAUUCAACACGGUGCCUGAUGUGCCCCUCACCAACGCCCAGCUACACCUGUCCCGGAAGAAAAGCAGUGACUCCAAGCCCCCAUCCUGCAUCGAGAGGCCCCUGACGCUCUUCCAUGCCGUGCCAUCCACAGAAAAACAGGAGCAGAGAAACAGCAUCAUCAACUCCAGUUUGGAAUCGGUCUCCUCGAGUGCAAACAGCAUCCUUAACUCUAGCAGCAGCCUGCAGCCCAAUCUGAAUUCCAGCGACUCAAACCUGGAUGUGGUCAAACCUACUCGACCCAGUUCACUCCCCCCGAAUCCAAGCCCAACUUCACCCCUCUCGCCAUCAUGGCCCAUGUUCUCGGCGCCAUCCAGCCCUAUGCCCACCUCAUCCACGUCCAGCGACUCAUCCCCCAUCAGGUCUGUGGCAGGGUUUGUUUGGUUUUCUGUUGCUGCCUUUGUUCUCUCAUUGGCUUGGUCCUCUCUUCAUGCAGUGUUCAGCCUCCUCGUCAACUUUGUUCCCUGCCAUCCAAACCUGCACUUGCUUUUUGACAGGCCAGAAGAAGCGGUCCGUGAAGACUCCAGCACACCGUUCCGGAAGGCAAAGGCUUUGUACGCCUGCCAAGCUGAGCACGACUCGGAGCUCUCAUUCACAGCGGGCACCGUCUUCGAUAAUGUUCAUCCAUCUCAGGAGCCUGGCUGGUUGGAGGGGACUCUGAAUGGAAAGACUGGCCUCAUCCCAGAGAACUACGUGGAGUUCCUCUAACCUUGAGCCCCAGUGGAGCUGCUGAGCUUCACGUGGUCUCCAUGACAACUGCUGCUUCUGGUGUUGUGGGCCACUUUUCAUUGCCACUGAGAAAGCAGGGAGCCUGACUGUUGCUUCCUGCCAACACAAAUGCAUCUGGGAACGUGUGCCACCAUUCUCCAUGAUCAUCUCAGCUUACAGCACAGUGAUGCUGCAAGAACUGCACAGCAAUCAGCAGAGGAGGCCAUUGGAUUUUGAUAACCCAGAGGAAGGCUUGCAAAGCUGUGCCCUAAAUAGAGAGCCCUGAUUUCAUUUCAACAGUCAUCCAAACCCCCAGCCUUCUGGGAAGAGGAAGCAGGAUGAGUGCUAAAGAAAGUGCAUCGUUGCUGAGUUGGAAGAGGCAGGGCAAAGAAACUGGCACAAGGUGCAGGUUGCCUCUACUGCUGUUGCUUAUAGCAGGCGCUCUUUCUCUCUUCUUCCUUCUCCCAGAGACACAGUGCUACAGGCAGCUGGGUCUGUCUGCAAGCACACAGGAUGAAGGGGUUGCCGCACUGUUUAUAUAUGGUCCAAUCUCUCACCAUCUCUUGAGCAGCUGUUGGCCUAUAAUCAGCAGAUUUCAGUCCAGUCCUCUCAUGCAAAGGAACACACGCCCCUCACGUUCUCUGCCGCUGAAGGCUUCCAUCACUGCCAUCACCUAGUAACCAUAGCAACCCAACCUACUCUAAAACUAAGCCAAAAAUAAUACUUCCCUUUGUAUGACAACCUCCCCCCCUCCCCCAGCUCUGGCGAGUUUUUUUUUUUUUUUAAUGGUCUUCCAACAAUCUGAAGCAGAGGAUUAGACCAUUAGAGUAGUCUAUUUGGGGCAGAUAGCCCUUAGAAGUUUUUGUUACUAAGGUCCUGUGGAUUUUAGAGAUGAUUCUUGGGCCAAACUUGUAGCCUGAUUUUUAAAAGGACAUCUAUAUCACUGCCACCCAGAACUAAAAGAGGGAAUCAUUAAAUAGGAUAGGCCACUAAGAAUCUAUAGGACACCAAAUGUUGAGGCCUGGAGGCUAGGCUGGGUACCUUCAAAGAGAGGGAAUUCUGAUUACAAGGACAAGCAUCACCUGCCCUCACAAGAACACAAUCAUGGUAUCUUCGCACUCGAAUGCCCUUGCUAGAGGGACUCUGGACAAACUGUCACACUUUCCAGGAGCCUCUCUGAUGGCAGCGUUACACCAGAGAGUGUCUCCGGCUCCUGGAAUUCCCUUAGGGUUCUUUAAUGAAGAAAAGAAAACUUGAAUUGUGUUGAAUUACUGUAUCUUCUGCUUUUUUUUUUAAGAUAAACUUGUAAAUAGAAUGAUUUGAAAUAUUAUAUGGUAAAGUUUUAUAUUUGAUAUUCUUUAAGCUAGUUUGCUCCAUACAUUUAGUAUUUUGAUUGCUGAACAGAUGUGUUUAAAAGGUUGCAAGAGAAGCCGGGCUAAAGAGUCAAGGUCAUGUCCCCUCUCUGGCCCCGUGAAAGAAUGUUUCCUCAAUGGUUCCUGUUGGUGAGCCUGGAAAGUUGGUUGUAUUCAGUUGUCUUUAUCUACAUGUGAUUUGGGGCUUUGGAGUUCAAAAGAGCAUCUUCAAGCAGUGAAUUUACUCCCACCCAAGAGUAAAGUGACACUCAGGAUCUCAGGAUUUAAAUAGGUGGGGAGAGGGCGACAUGUUUGUUUUUGUUUGUGUGUUUGUUCUUCUCAGGUGUAUUUCUUGGUACCCCAGGAUGUCCAGACAAAAGGAGAUGAGACAACACUCCUUUAUCCCCCCACAUCUCCAAGCUAGUUUAUAAAUGUGUCUAUCAACUCUAAGAACUAAACAAGAAAGCCAGUUGCUGUGGAUCUUGGUCAUUGGUGAACUUUACCCUCUUCCUAUAGACAUGUUCCCGCACUUCCCCUUCACCUCCAAAGUCCCAGCAGCCCCAAAGUGAAAAAGGAUCCCCAAGACGACACUGUUAGAGCUUUUAGAGGUGCUGUAAUGUUGAUAGUUCCAUUGUCGGGAUUCAGUAUUGAGUUUACCAGCUCAGGAUUAUACUGUUGCCAACCAAGGACCCAGCCAGGAACAAGGGAGACUUGAACUUUCAGUCAGGCAAACACAGGAUUCCAAACUGACAUUGCUGGGUGUGAUGGCUCAUGUGUGGUCUUAGCACUUGGAAGACAAAGACAAGAGGAUUGCUGAAGUCUUACAUGUGAGGCUGGAGGAGGGUUGGAAACGGAAGGAAGAAAGGCAGUGCACUCAGGUUCCAGACCUACUCCUCCCUGUAAGCUUGAGAAAAGGUUGGGCAAUGGGGCCCAAAGGGCAUGCGCACUCAAGUAGCCUUGCUCCUUCCAAAUUAAAAGAGCCCAGCAUGAUACUUUUAAUAUAUCUGAUGGGUUAAAUUGUCGCCUGCCCCUUAAUAAAUGAAGUAUGCUUGUAGUCAGGGCCCAGCACGACUGCUUGGAUACAUAUUCUUUCUCUCCUGAGCUGGCCCUGGUUUGAAACUGCUCUCUUAGGCUGACCUCCUUCCAGUUGCCCUGAGGCCAUGUGUGGCCUAUGACAGAUGGUCGCUCUGUUUCCCUUUGUCCAGCUAGGCCUCCCUCCUAUUCCUCCUCCUCGUCCUCCUCAGGAAAAAGAACUGGAGAGAUUAAUAUGAGCCAAGUGGGAAGGAACUUGAAGAUUAAAAGUGAUAUGUGCCCUUUCUACUCUCUGAACACCCCUGAGCUCCCCACAAAUAAGGAAAACUGGGGUAGAUCAUGAGGAAUGAGUUGAUAUCAGAAUGGAAGUCCAUUGACCAGAGUCCCAAAGAUUUCCCAGGAGCUUUGAGUUUCUCUUGUAAGACCCUGGGAUGGGUUGUUAUGGUUUGAAUUUUGGAGCAUCGAGGUGGUUGGCCUCACUCUCUGCGAUACAGAGUUCCAUAAUUGAACAGUGCCAUUCUGUGCUAUGAAAUGAGAAGAUAGCCGCUUUCAGAUCUCUGCCCCCAAGCAAGGAAGAUGGGCUUGCUCAACACUGAUAAAAUUCUCUAUUUUUUUCUUUUUUCAAAAUAAAUGUGUGUGACUGACCUCCAUUCAGUGGAUGCCUCAGUUUUUAGUAUUAGAGCCAGUUUGUAGUAUUUUUAAAGCCAUUAUGUGAAGUCUUGUGGAUGCUUUUUUUUUUUUUUUUUAAAUCAGAGAAGAAAUGAGAAGUGAGUACUUCCAACUUGGCAUUGGUGGGCCAGAGCCAUGCUGGCUGCUUGGGAGUUACAGGCACUCUAGACCUGAGUGUGCCACAUCUGGAUCUUAAGGGAAAUCCAUCUUAACUGCAUCCCCCACCCCCCCCAGGACAGUAGCGAUCACACCAAAAGCUGCUUCAGUCAUAGAACUUCCAGAAGCAUCCAUUAUUGGGGCAGGGGGAAGUAGACGAAAGAGGGUGACAUCAUCCGUUCUUGGCUGGCUAUAUCUGCUUCCUGAGACAAGGCUGUUUACCUAGCUUCAUAGCCAGGGAGCUUGGAGGUGCACCAGUGACCACUUCAUAGUCAGGGAGCUUGGGGGUGCACCAGUGACCACACAUUUGCUCUAGCACCCACUCUUCUUAGUAGACAAGGGAACCAAGCGUCUGCUUAGCUACCUGUCUUUCAAAGGAAUGUUCUGGCUGUCUAGGAAGGGAGUUGUUUGCCACCUCUGGCAAACUUGACAGUGAUCACUUUCGUUGACAGCCCUGUCCCAACAGCCCUUUAAUCAGGCAGGUGCCCCUCACUCCCCAUAGUAGUGCAUGAAAAAUAUCUUUUGCAUUCAAAUAUUUCUGCACCCAUGCAGAUCUAGUGUUUGUCUGUGAAUGUAGCAUCAAAAUGACAACAGCAGAGAGCUGGGAAUGAACCUUGGACAUGCCUCCAACAUGCUAAGACAAGACUCCACCAAGCGAUGAUUGGCCUUCUUCCCUUUGCCGCCCACAGCACUUGUCUAACUUAAAGAGCCUCCCUAAGUAGACGGAGAUUCCAGACGUCAUUUGAAGGCAGCCCUGUACUCAUGGAAGGAAAGCAUAGAUGUAAAAAUACCCGGAUCAGGAAGGAAAGGUGAGCCACCCUGAGAGCAAGACUUAAGCAUAGUCCUAACCCACAGAGGGAGGGCCAAGAACUAUCCUGUCAAAAUUCACAUUAGUGUAGUCAGUGGGGAGCAAGGUAUUGGUAACUCAGUGUCUGAGCGACCUGGAGUAGCUUCAGGCAGGCUGACAUACUCUCUGCUGUUAUGCACUCAUACAUGCAAACCUACCAUUCUUGCGGCUUCUGAGUAAACACCAACAAACAGCAUCCUUGAGGUUCAAGAUGUGGGAAUCAGCUUGGUGUCUGUGAAAGCAUACAUCUGGUGAUUCUAAAAUUUGUGUGUGCAUGUGUUGGUGUGUAUGUGUUCGUACAUAGCACAUACAAGCAUAAAGGUGCCACCUCGGGUGUAGACACACACGAGCUGGCAUUUGUAAAGCUCUUACAGCCUUGAAGAUUUGGAGGGAGAGUUUUCAGAGGAACUAGAGUCUGUCAGUUUCCUAGCAAAAGAUCAAAACUACAAACGAGUCGUCAUCUGAAGCCUCUGUUCGUGUUUAUCACAUAGUUAUCCACAGCUGUGUUCCUUGGUGACUUAUUAAAAGUCAGGUUAAAAACUCAAACCCAUAAAUUUCCAGUAGCUAAUGCUAGGCUAGUGUUCAAAAGCACUCUAAAAGACAUUUAGUCCAUAUUUUGGGAAAGAAACUAUUUGCAUGUUUAAUUCAUCUUUUAGGCUACUGUUGAGUAUACUGUAAAGUGCUGUGUGAUAUCAAGUCAGUAAAGUACUUAUAAAUGGCACUUUAAUAUUUUCUUUUGAGAAAUCAUAAAAACACUGUUGUAACUUUCACUAUUGAAUAUUGACUGGUACAUAGAAUCAGACUCCGUAAUUAAAAAGUAGCCUGCAGCUAGGAUAGAACAUUUUUCUUGUUAUUAGAGAAAAAAAAACAGUUUUGCCAUGUUCAGGCUUUUUUAAAAAAACGUGUUUCUGUGCCAUUGUUCGUAUCUAUAAAGAAAAUACAAUUUCUGUCAGGCAUCUCUGAAACCUGGCUUUUUUAUGUUUGGUUCGUGUCUGUGGCAAUCCCUAUAAAGUGAGUGGAAGUAUGACUUUGAAUUAAAUGACUUUCCCAUUUG